AUGAUUGCGAGGGCAGCUACUGCGCAAGAUGAAAUUACUGGUGAUGGUACAACAUCUAUUGUUUUAUUGGUAGGGGAAUUAAUGAAACAGGCCGAAAGAUAUAUUUCGGAAGGAUUACAUCCUAGAGUUAUUACUGAAGGUUUUGAUUUAGCAAGAAAAGAAGCUAUUGAGUUUCUCGAUAAAUUCAAAACAGAAAUUCCCAUUGAUCGAGAAUUAUUAAUUAAUGUAGCCCGUAGCUCUUUACGUACAAAAGUUAAUGCAUCAUUGGCGGAUACUUUAACCGAAGCAGUUGUUGAUGCAGUUUUAACUAUUAAACGUGAUGAGGAACCUAUUGAUUUACAUAUGGUAGAAAUUAUGAAAAUGCAACAUAAGACAGCAACGGAUUCUCGAUUAAUUCGAGGACUCGUUUUAGAUCAUGGUGCACGUCAUCCCGAUAUGCCAAAACGUGUGGAGGAUGCAUUUAUAUUAACUUUAAAUGUUUCCUUGGAAUAUGAAAAAAGUGAAAUUAAUUCAGGAUUCUUUUAUUCAUCAUCCGAACAACGAGAAAAACUUGUAGAAUCAGAACGUAAAUUUACUGAUGAAAAAGUUAAAAAAAUUGUAGAAUUAAAAAAAUUGGUGGUAGGAGAUAGUAAGAAAGGAUUUGUUGUAUUUAAUCAAAAAGGAAUUGAUCCAUUAUCAUUGGAUAUUUUAUGUAAGAAUGGUAUUUUGGCUUUGAGACGGGCUAAAAGAAGAAAUAUGGAAAGACUUACUUUAGUAUGUGGAGGAGCAGCACAAAAUUCUGUUGAUGAUUUAACACCAGAAAUACUUGGACAUGCUGGUCUUGUUUAUGAACAUACAUUAGGAGAAGAGAAAUAUACAUUUGUUGAAGAAGUUAAAGAUCCUAAAUCUGUUGCAAUUUUGAUAAAAGGACCCAAUACUCAUACUCUUACACAGAUUAAUGAUGCAAUUAGAGAUGGAUUAAGAAGUGUUAAAAAUGCAAUUGAAGAUAAUUGUGUAGUACCAGGAGCUGGAGCAUUUCAAGUUGCAAUUAGUUCGCAUUUAUCCAAAUUUAAAGAAACGGUUAAGGGUCGGGCUAAAAUGGGGAUUCAAGCAUUUGCCGAUGCAAUGUUAAUUAUACCUAAAGUUUUGGCAAGAAAUGGUGGAUUUGAUUCACAGGAUACUAUUGUUGCUUUACAGGAAGAAUAUGCCUCAGGUCAUAUUGUUGGAGUUGAUUUGAAUACCGGAGAAACUUUAGAUCCCAUACAAGAAGGAAUUUUGGACAAUUAUCGUGUUAUACGUAACACGUUACAUUCAUGUUCUGUGAUUGCGAGCAACUUUUUAUUAGUCGAUGAAAUGAUGAGAGCUGGUAGAUCAAGUUUAAAGAAUGAUAAUAUCCAAAAUAAACCUGACCAAGUGGCUCUACGAGGAUUAACACCGAAUCGAGUUUGUAAAAUAUUUUUAGCAUUUUCUAAUCGUUCAGCAUCACUUUGGGAUGUUUCUAAAUUUGUACUAGAAAUUUCAUCAGAAGAAAUAUCUUCACUCGGUGAAGAAGAAGAAGAAGGAAUUGUUGUAAUAUCAUCGUUCGUUAUUGAUGAUGUAGAUAUUUCUUUGUCUUCUUUUAAUGACGUUUUAUUGGUGGUAGAAUUUGGACAACGGUUUAUAAUAAAUUUGUGUGGUGGUUUCUUGGGUAAUAUUUGCGAAUUGGAAUUUGAAGUAUUUGAAGAAUUCUCUGCUGACGAUAUUGAUGAUAAUGAAGUUGUUGAAGAAGUUAAAGAUGAUGGUAAUGAAGUUGAAAAUGAAGUUGGCGAUGAUGCUUUUCGAAUGUAUUUUUGA